AUGAAAGAAGAGUGCAGAAACAAGGAGAUCCACAGAUUUGUAGACCAAAGCGAAAGCAAAACUGAUAGCGACACACAGACACACGGUGAAGGAGGUUAUGGUGUCUAUGUAUUUCCCGAGGGCGGAUUCCGAGCCUGGCUGGUGGUUUCGGGGUCAGCUGCCAGCAUGUUCUGCACAUUUGGCUAUCUCACAGGAUUCGGAAUCUACCAGCAAUGGUAUUCCGAGAACCAACUCAAGUCCUACACCCAGUCAGACAUCUCUUGGAUUGGAUCCGUCCAGAUAUUCUUAACCUUCGCAGGGGGCUUGGUAGGCGGGCCAGUACUAGAUCGCUACGGCAGCGUGGCCAUGUUACCGGUCUCCGUGAUUUACGUGAUAUCGCUCGUCUUGACAGGCUUUUGCAAGGAAUACUACCAAUUCUUCCUUGCUCAGGCCAUACUUGCGGGAACAUGUCUCGGUUUCCUCUUCUCCAAUUCGCUAGCCAUAAUCGGGCACUACUUCGACAAACGUUACGGUCUUGCUUCUGGGAUCGUCAUGGCGGGUGCUGCUGUCGGUGGGGUGAUAUUUCCCGUCGUACUCAACAGGCUGCUCAAUGAAGUCGGCCUCAGCUUCGGAUGGUCAGUUCGAAUAUGUGCGCUGAUGGUCCUCGUGCUCCUUGCUUAUGCAAACCUCACAAUGAAACCUCGACUCCCUCCGACGAAGCAGAACAUGGACCUCUCCUUGAUGCGACGGCCUGUUUAUAUUCUUGUGGCAAUUGGCGGCUGGCUCCUUAAUUGGGGCUUAUACAUUCCUCUGUUCUAUUUACCUCCAUUCGCAGUCACGGCUGGUCUGAAUGCAAAGCUUGCGCCGCAUACUGUGGCCAUUUUCAACGCUGUGUCGAUUUUCGGCCGUGUUUUUGCGGGAGCACUGGCUGAUAGGAUGGGCUGCUUCAACGUCGUUAUAAUUAAUGGCUUACUUUGUGCUGUUUCUCUCUUCGUCUGGGCAUCCACACACACGGCAGCUGGCGUCAUUGUGGUCACGGUUGUCCAAGGCCUUUUCAUCGGCAGCAUUGUAUCCUUGCAAGCUGCUAUCAUCACAACUGUCACCCCGGAUCCGAAAAAUUUGGGCUCCAUGAUUGGAUUUACCAUGGCCAUCUGGGCUUGCGGCGGACUGACCGGCCCUCCUAUUGCCGGGGCCAUCCUCAACGGCCAGCACGGCCCUGGCAGUUAUAAUGAUCCUGGAUAUUUUGGUGGCGCAUCUUUAAUCGCCGGGUCCGCAUUCUUCUUUGCUGCCCGUCUGAUCAUGGAAAAGAAAUUUAUCGCAAAGGUCUGA